AUGACGGACCACGAUGUCGUUACCGGCGUUGUUGCCGACACCAGCGAGGGCAGGCGGCCGUCAAUCGAGAAAGCGCCCAUCAUCAUAACCGAAGUCGACGAUGGUCUUGACGACAGCGAACCGCCAGCCUUCGAGCGCCUCCCCGACGAAAUCAUUCAACAAAUACUCCAGGUCACAGAUGCCAAUGGAUUUGCGUCGCUGGCCCUGCUCAACUCGAAAUGGAGAAGCGUCGCGCAGCAAGCCCACCUUUACGCGCAUCACCUUGCGAGCUGCCCCUCGUAUGCCAUGAGCCAUGGCGCGCCCCCGCAAGUCACUAGCGACGAUGAUUUACCCAGGCUCCGCCGCCUGUUUGCUCGAGAAGUCAAACGCAACUUGUUCGAGGCGUACCUCCGUCCCAACCAGACCGUGAUCAAAGUUAUAUCGAACUCGAUCAGCUCCUCGUCUUGUCCGGGCGGCGAAGGCAUCCAGUUCAGCCCCUCGCCAAAGGGCCACCACCUCCUCGCCUACAACUCGUCAAGGAUACAUGUCAUCGACCUCCGCACCCCCGAGAUUGCCGUUAAGAGAGAGUUCAAAAUACUACGACGCCCUGCUGCGACCUGCAUCAACGACGAAGGCACCACACUUGCCGUCUUGCUGACUGAGAUGGAGGUGGAUAUCUACGACCUCAACCAGACGCCGCCGAAACGGACACACUCGAUGAUUCUAGACCACAGCCCCCGCGCUAUCGCCCUCUCCCCCUGCGGCUCCGUUCUGGCCGCGGCCUACGAAGGCGGCAUCGAGGUCUCCUCCAUAAAUCCCGGGGCACUGGCCACCGACAGACGCGCCGUCAAGUGCGACGGGAAUGGCAAGUACGAGGAAGCUGCCUGGACCUUCACCUACGACAGGAGUUUCGAGACUUUCCGAGCGGUGCGCAUCGACGACUUGCGAAACGGGACAACCUACUUCACGGGACCGGUGCCCAGCCCGAACUCGCAGGCUCGGCUGAUCCCCUGUACGCUACCCGCCGCAUCCUACUCUGGUGAUCUCGUCUCGGCCGGAUUUCAGGGCAAGGAAAUCUGGCUCUACGGAGUACCUGAGGACCUCGAUGCCGUGCCCGAACCCCCAAACGUUAGUGUGGAAAAUGGUUCCAACGUAAACGGGCUCUCCCGCCACAGCAGUGGGCCAUCAGUUCGCUCGAGCAUCAGGAUACAAGAAAACAGCGAUUCUGUGAGGGUACCACAGUGGCAGAUUCUGUGCGACAAGCUACGAAAUACCUUUGUUGCGGGCUCUAAAAUCGGCGAGCUGGAGGGCAUCAAUACGGUCAAGUUUGUGGCGGACUUUGCGGAUUCGAGCGUGAAGGAACGGUUACUGGUGGCCGCCCGCGGCGUUGCGCCGAAUAUCUCGGUUACCGAUGAGGAGGGGAUUGACUUUGUGGACGGUGGCCGCAUCACCAUCAUGGACUUUGACUACAGCGUCACGAACGGGACCACCACGGAAUGCACCAUCGAGGUGGGUACUGAGGAGGGGCCGGAGGUGCUUGAGGAAGAGCAUCGCGAUAUGGCGACCGAGGUUGCCAUCGUUCGUCGACGGACGGUCGCCCAGAAUAGGGGAAGCCGCCACGCCGUCGCCAUGCGCAGCGCGACUACUGCAGCUCGUCCCCCGCCUUUACCUUCCCAGUCACCAACUCAACCGGACGGCGACGAAGACGAUCCUCUCGUGCCUCGUCGUAUUGGAAGCGGCCCUCAUCAGAAUGUUGAGCCAACUGCAGCGGGCGAGGAAACGGAGUCACAAACGAUCGAAGAGCAGGAGGCUUUAGAUGCGCCAUAUGCACAUGCAAGCCCGCGCUCCGGAACAACACUCCGCCGCGCAGCGACCGCAGCGGCCAACAAUCGCCGGCUUCAUCCCUCGGCAACCACCAGCGGUCAUAUCGUAUAUCGCAGGGCUGACGGCCGUGCCGAACAUCCUCACGAGAGCGACGCCGAUAACUGGGUCCCACCGCCACCCCCAUAUCAGAAAGAUGAUCCAGGUGAUUUGCCUUCAUUUCUCCGCCACACAUCGAUUCUGCCACCUACCGGUUCGGGCACGGCGCCCGCCGGGGAAGGGGCCGAACAAAGCGCGGACCGGAAAGCCAUGCGGAAUUCGUCGGCCUCUAUGCACCAACAGCAUCGUCGUGCCCAGACGGUAGCCUCGGCAAAUCGAUUUUCGUCCCCCGUCCCGCCUGUCCCACCACUUCCCUCCCUCUCGAAUAUGCCCCCUGUUCCUCCCGUACCGGCUCUUCCGCCGGGGGUGACGGCGUCCCCGUUGGCCCCUUUACCACAAGCUCACGCUCAUGAACGCGGCAGGGGCCUAGCAGCCCCAUCCUCCAACGAGGAUCCAGCGCGUCCCGCCUCCAGGGCCUCCCGUUAUCUCGAGGGUGAGAACAUCUAUGACGUCUCACCGCCCGACUCGCCUGCUCUGGCGCCAGUGGGACGGCAUGUGUCGCGUGAAGCGAGUGACACCAGGGCAGCGAGCAAUCCUGAACAACCAUCUCAAACGAGCAUGGUGCCACCUUCCUCGCCGCCGACCACGAUUGGAGGGGAAUCUGUAACCACUGGGAGGACCCAGACCGCUUCUGUAUCGCCAGAGGGUGGCGACCCGGCGACCCUUGUUGUGCAGCCCGCGAUACAGGUCCCUAGCGAUCCUAUCCCACCCAUGAACGAUGUCCCUACUGCCGACGACCCCUUGGUACGACGUAUUUCUGUUUCAAGGACGUGGCCGAUACAGCCGGUGCCAAUUAAUACCAACAAUUCCACGGUUGGUUACCCAUACUCGGCGCCCCCGGUCAACAACAACGAGAUGCUCUCCCAGUCUUUCCCUCUACCAGGAAACGAGCAGGAUCCUGCCUUCAACAACCUCGCGCCCACAUCACGGCCUCUUUCUGGCAGCUUCCCGCUCCCAGGGACAGCAACUGAUGGUCACGCAGGCGGCGAGCAGAACUGGCGGCGCACCUCCACUCCCAAGGGUGUCUCGGGGGCCUUUGAUCCGCCCGAGCGGCACCCCUCGGACCGGCGCGCCGAGACGCCUAUCCUCUCCCCCAUCCCGCGGCACCCCCGGCCGCAAACACAAGCCUCCAUCCUCCGCCCGCCACCGCAGGAGCACCCCCAACCACAGCAGCCCCAACACCACCACCUCCAACCACAGCAGCAACAUCCAUACCAACACCACCAACAACUCCAACCCCCAGACCACCGCCUCGCGCCCAUCUACAACAGUCCUCCCAAUCUCGCACCGGGGGCUCUCCUUACCGUCCCGCCGCCGCCGGGCUCAGCGUCGACGAGCUUCUCGCGGCGGGUGCCGAGCCUGAGCCGGAAGCAGAGCCGGGCGGAGCGGUCGGCGGCCAAGAACGUGGCGGACGCCAAGAAGCGGGGGUGGAGCGGGCGGUCGACGCGCGGGAAGAGCCGCAAGGGCCGCAAAAAGAAGGGCGAGCCCGACUUUGACGUCCAGAGCACCGCCGCGUGGACCGAUGUCACGGUCACGGCGUAUAGUGUUCGCUCUGCGUUUGGGGUUGGGAAUCGGAGGGGUGGUGGUGGGGGUGUGGUGGAUGGGAUGGAUGUGGCGGGGGUAAAGGAUAAGAAGGGGAGAGACUCCGGCACGUGGGGCGGCGACGAGCGGGUCUGGGCGGGCGGGCCGUCCGUCGUGGCGAUGGGGUUGCCCCGGCUGGAGUUGGUGGCCAUGGUUUGGGGUUGGGUUGUGUUUGGGCCCCGACCCACCGGUCCGUGGCCAUUGUCCGCCAUAACAGUCAACUUUGACCCGUCACGCGCCGCGGCAGCCGAGCUCAAGCGAGCUGCCAUCUCCCGCGUUGAGAACUGGCUGGCAUUGGGGCCCCGCUUCGGGCACCCGCCCCCGAGGGAUACAUACCACAGUGGCGCCGUCAUCCUGGUGUCGCAGUCGCUGGCCGGCUGGCUACAUGACGAUGCCUUUGUCGCCCGCAUGCUCACUGCCUCGGGCAUGACCAGCGGCCAGGGAGAAGAGAUAUCCGUCCUGGCUGCCGCCGUCGACCAGGUCCCCGCUUACGAUCGCCGCAUCGACGCCUUCUCCUCGUCAGAAGGAAUCUCGGUCCUGCGCGGAGAAACCUCCAAGCUGCUCCCCUCCUCCUUUGAGCCCGAGCUCGCCACCGAGGCCGAUUCACGGCCCUCGCUCUUGUUCCAACGGUCACCCGCCAACUUGGCCGAACUGGCUGUCCAUGUUCCUCUCGCCAAGACCCUCUUCUCCAGUGGCAGCCCGACUACGCUUGUCGAGAGCCGGUGGCUUGCCAACACACACCAGCCCCCGAGGCUGACCCAGAAGCUCAACCGGACAAGCCAGACCGUCGUCCUUCCAAUAGAAGACCUGCAAUUCGAAGCCCCCAACCCAUUGACCACAGUGCGUCCCCAUCUCGUCCCCGUGACGUCGCCGGCCCUAGUCCUCCGCAGCCUGGGCAACAUCCUCUCGCAGAUCGAAGUCGACGGACGACCGAGUCCGCCUUCACAGCAGCUAGAGUACAUCAUCCCCAAGCUCCUCCGAGCACCCCGCCGGCUCCGGGACGACAGCAGCCAUGACGAAGCCCACAUCGCCGUUUGGGCCCUGGUCAUGCCUCCGAGCCGUACCACGAGGUACCUCGACCCGUUAACUCCGCUACCGGUCGACCGCUACGACCCCGACGUAGAAUGGGCACUAGCCCGAGACACGGCCAAAAAACUAGACCCGCUCCUAAUCUCCGGCUGCCGUCUCCACAAAGUCGUAAGCGGCGGCGGUGGCUGGGGCGCCAAGCAAGGCCUGCUCUCCCUCGACCCCGAAACCCAACUCGCCACCGACGAGCACCACACCCUCAACAACUUCAAGGAAUCCUUCUUCCAAGACCCCAACUACCACGGCACCCCGCUCGACCUCCCCCGCCUCCAAAGCCGCCGCCCGCACGGUCUGGGCAACCCCGGCCCAGCCCACAGCCUGAUCCCGCCCGGCUCCCUCGUGCAGUUCUUCGUCGAGGCCGCGUACCCGACCCCAUCCCAGGCGCUCGCCGCCUGGAGCCGCGACUGGGACCCGGCCGAGUCGUCCGCGACCAUCACGGGCGCGUUCGGCACCCCCGGCGCCGUCAUCGACCCCUGCCCCGUCAACCCCGUCACCGACCACCCCAGCCUGUUCGGCGCCGUCUCCGCCACGGGCGUCUUCCUCUCCCGCGGUCCCAUGCGUGGCUUGCCCGAGAUUGCGGCCAAGCUGGAUAGUCCGCGGUCGUACUUUGUCGCGCGGGCCAAUCCGGGGCGGGUGCAAAGGGUGUAA